GAAAGACCUGUGCGGGGAGAGCGGAGCCCACCGCCUUUGCUCCCGCCUUCGCCCGCCGCGGGGCUGCGCCCAGAGCUCCUUUGCUCGCCGGGGAUGCCCUGGUGGGAGGCUCUGGUCCCUGCCUUUCAGGAAAGUGCCUGGCCAUCACGCGGCGCUCACGCCCACCACCUGCCCUCUUUCUAGGCACCGCGCGAUUUUUCUUUUUUUGUCGGUGAAGUAACUUUUGCAUUCCCGCCUCCCCCCACCCCCCACCCCCCAACCCCAAACGGUCCCAGGGACCAGAGGCGGCGCCGAGCCUGGGGGCGGUUCCUUGGCAGCGCCGGUUCGAGUCGCAGCCAGACUUUUGCUCCUGGGCUAGGUUUGCAUCAUCCCCAUCACACCCUCGGGGAAGAGGAGCCAGCCCCCUUUCCAGCCUCAGCUUCCGGCCGAGCGACCCCUCCCCCGCCGGGUCCCCCCAGGCCCUUUUCCUACCUUCCUCAGCAGGGCACCCCCUCUGCAGCACUCGCUGCCCCUCGCUGCCCCUCGCUGCCCCAUCUCGUUGGAUGUUGCCUACUCCUUAAGGAAGGAUGGUUGAUUUGGAGAGCGAAGUGCCCCCUCUGCCUCCCAGGUACAGAUUUCGGGAUUUGCUGCUAGGGGACCAAGGCUGGCAGAAUGAUGACAGGGUCCAAGUUGAAUUCUACAUGAAUGAAAACACAUUUAAGGAGAGAUUAAAAUUGUUUUUCAUAAAAAACCAGAGAUCAAGUCUAAGAAUCCGCUUGUUCAACUUUUCCCUCAAAUUGUUAAGCUGCUUAUUAUACAUUAUCCGAGUGCUGCUUGAAAAACCUUCACAGGGAAAUGAAUGGUCUCACAUAUUUUGGGUUAACAGAAGUCUACCUUUGUGGGGCUUACAGGUCUCAGUGGCAUUGAUCAGUCUAUUUGAAACAAUACUCCUUGGUUAUCUCAGUUAUAAGGGAAAUAUCUGGGAACAGAUUUUAAGAAUCCCAUUCAUCUUGGAAAUAAUCAAUGCGGUCCCCUUCAUUAUCUCAAUAUUCUGGCCUACCUUAAGGAAUCUAUUUGUUCCAGUUUUUCUAAACUGUUGGCUUGCCAAACAUGCCUUGGAAAAUAUGAUUAAUGAUCUUCAUAGAGCCAUUCAACGAACCCAGUCUGCAAUGUUUAAUCAAGUUUUGAUUUUGAUAUCUACAUUACUAUGCCUUAUCUUCACUUGCAUUUGUGGAAUUCAGCAUCUGGAACGAAUUGGCAAGAAACUCAAUCUCUUUGAUUCCCUCUAUUUCUGCAUUGUGACAUUUUCUACUGUGGGCUUUGGGGAUGUCACUCCGGAAACGUGGUCUUCCAAGCUAUUUGUCGUUGCUAUGAUCUGCGUUGCUCUUGUGGUACUCCCCAUACAGUUUGAGCAGUUAGCCUAUUUGUGGAUGGAGAGACAAAAGUCAGGUGGCAACUACAGUCGUCACAGAGCUCAGACUGAGAAGCACGUUGUCCUGUGUGUCAGCUCAUUGAAGAUCGACUUACUUAUGGAUUUUCUAAAUGAAUUCUAUGCACAUCCAAGACUGCAGGAUUAUUAUGUGGUGAUUUUGUGCCCUACGGAGAUGGAUGUGCAAGUUCGGAGGGUGCUACAGAUUCCAAUGUGGUCCCAGAGGGUGAUCUACCUUCAAGGCUCAGCACUUAAAGAUCAGGAUCUCCUGAGAGCAAAGAUGGACAAUGCGGAGGCCUGUUUCAUUCUGAGCAGCCGCUGCGAAGUGGACAGAACAUCGUCUGACCACCAAACAAUUUUGAGAGCAUGGGCUGUGAAAGAUUUUGCUCCAAAUUGUCCUUUGUAUGUCCAGAUAUUAAAACCUGAAAAUAAGUUCCACAUCAAAUUUGCAGAUCAUGUUGUAUGUGAAGAAGAGUUUAAAUACGCCAUGUUAGCUUUAAACUGUAUAUGCCCAGCAACAUCUACACUUAUUACACUACUGGUUCAUACCUCUAGAGGGCAAGAAGGGCAACAGUCUCCAGAACAGUGGCAGAAGAUGUACGGGAGGUGCUCUGGAAAUGAAGUCUAUCACAUCGUUUUGGAAGAAAGUACAUUUUUUGCUGAAUAUGAAGGGAAGAGUUUUACCUAUGCCUCUUUCCAUGCACACAAAAAGUUUGGUGUCUGCUUGAUUGGUGUUAGGAGGGAGGAUAAUAAAAACAUUUUGCUGAAUCCAGGUCCUCGAUACAUUAUGAAUUCUUCAGACAUAUGUUUUUAUAUUAAUAUUACCAAAGAAGAAAAUUCAGCAUUUAAGAACCAAGACCAGCAGAGAAAAAGCAAUGUGUCAAGGUCAUUUUAUCAUGGACCUUCCAGAUUACCUGUCCACAGCAUCAUUGCCAGCAUGGGUACUGUGGCUAUAGACUUGCAAGACACAAGCUGUAGGGCAGCAAGUGGCCCUACCCUAGCUCUUCCUUCAGAAGGAAGCAAAGAAUUAAGAAGACCUAGUAUUGCUCCUGUUUUAGAGGUUGCAGAUUCAUCAUCAAUUCAGACAUGUGAUCUUCUAAGUGACCAAUCAGAAGAUGAAACUACACCAGAUGAAGAAACUUCUUCAAAUUUAGAAUAUGCCAAGGGCUACCCUCCUUACUCUCCAUACAUAGGAAGUUCACCUACUUUUUGUCACCUACUUCAAGAAAAAGUACCCUUCUGCUGCUUAAGAUUAGACAAGAGUUGCCAGCAUAACUACUAUGAGGACGCAAAAGCCUAUGGAUUCAAAAAUAAACUAAUUAUAGUUGCAGCUGAAACAGCUGGAAAUGGAUUAUAUAAUUUUAUUGUACCUCUCAGGGCAUAUUAUAGACCAAAGAAAGAAUUAAAUCCCAUAGUUCUGCUAUUGGAUAACCCGCCAGAUAUGCAUUUUCUGGAUGCAAUCUGUUGGUUUCCAAUGGUUUACUACAUGGUGGGCUCUAUUGACAACCUAGAUGACUUGCUCAGGUGUGGAGUGACAUUUGCUGCCAACAUGGUGGUUGUGGACAAAGAGAGUACCAUGAGUGCAGAGGAAGACUACAUGGCAGACGCCAAAACCAUUGUGAACGUGCAGACCCUCUUCAGGUUGUUUUCCAGUCUCAGUAUUAUCACUGAGCUUACUCACCCAGCAAAUAUGAGAUUCAUGCAGUUCAGAGCCAAGGACUGUUACUCUCUUGCACUUUCAAAACUGGAAAAGAAAGAGCGAGAACGAGGUUCUAACCUGGCCUUUAUGUUUCGACUGCCUUUUGCUGCUGGACGAGUGUUCAGCAUCAGCAUGUUGGACACGCUUCUGUAUCAGUCAUUUGUGAAAGAUUAUAUGAUUUCUAUCACCAGACUUCUGUUGGGACUGGACACCAUACCAGGAUCGGGGUUUCUUUGUUCUAUGAAAAUCACUGAAGAUGACUUGUGGAUCAGAACAUAUGCCAGACUCUAUCAGAAGUUGUGUUCUUCUACGGGAGAUGUUCCCAUUGGGAUCUACAGGACGGAAUCUCAGAAACUAACCACAUCUGAGUCUCAAAUAUCCAUCAGUGUGGAAGAGUGGGAAGACACCAAAGAUGCCAAAGAGCCGGGGCACCACCGUGGCAUUCACCGCAACUCAACCUCCAGCGACCAGUCAGACCACCCCUUGCUGCGGAGGAAGAGCAUGCAGUGGGCCCGCAGGCUGAGCAGAAAAGGCCCAAAGCACUCUGGUAAAACUGCAGAAAAAAUAACCCAGCAGCGACUGAACCUCUACAGGAGGUCCGAAAGACAGGAGCUUGCUGAACUUGUGAAAAAUAGGAUGAAACACCUGGGCCUUUCUAUGGUGGGCUACGAUGAAAUGAAUGAUCAUCAAAGCACACUGUCUUACAUCCUGAUCAAUCCAUCUCCAGAUACCAGGCUUGAGCUGAAUGAUGUUGUAUACUUGAUUCGACCAGAUCCACUGUCCUACCUGCCAAACAGUGAGCCCAGUAGGAAGAACAGCAUCUGUAAUGCCACUGUUCAAGACUCCCGGGAGGAAACUCAACUCUGAUGGAAAGAAAAUAAGAGACCUUAUUUUCCCUAUGGGGACCUUGCUUGAAAUCACUAAAAUGUUGUAGAUGGUCCUAAGAAACGGACUGGAAGGUACUCAAUUUCUCACUUUUCUUCUAUUUAAAAACAAAAUCUAUUCUCUCAGAAGUACAGGUAAUUUUGAAACUUCAUGUGGUAUUUAUUGACAUUUCCCUGGUUAGUAUUUAAAUUUCAUCACUGGGAGAGUCUGAAAAAUGAAUAUAAAAUACAGAAGUUGAAAUCCGAUAUUUAACUGUUCAAGAAUAAUCAGAAUUGUAUGCAUCCUAUUUUAAAACAUUACUAAGACUGUAUGAAAACAAAGAAAUCCACCUGUAUUCAGUGCAUCACAAGGGCACUGAAGCCUGAUUUUAUCCUUAUAAUUAAAUAUAUCAUUAUAUUGCUUAAAUUUGCUGUUUCUAAAAUUGAACCCACUAAGAAUGUAUGCUUAUCUCUAUGUAGAGAUUAAUCACUAACUUCUGUAGCUGACUUCUGUCUAGGAAUCAUAGUUUUCUUCAGAAUAGAUCUUUAGAGUCAUUUAUGUCUGUUUUUCCAUAUAUUAUUGUGUUCAUUUUAGAAUCCAAGAUAUCCAUAGCAUGUUUAUUAUUCAGAAGAUACUAAAAUACAAAGAAAUAAUAAUCACCUGGGCUUUUUGGUGACUUCAUAUCUAAUGCACAUUUUAUGCCAAGAAAAGUUUACUUAAGAGAAAAUAUUUUUGUUCUCCUAAAAAGUACCUAAUAUAGAGAAAACAAUACAUAUCUUUUCAGCUAAUAUGAAUGUGAAAAUUGGAAUAACACCUGUAUAUAUCAGAUGAGCAGUGAUGACUUCCAUUACUGUUGACUUUAAUAUAUUUCAUUUAGCUAUAUAGUAAAUUUCACCAGGAAAAUGGGUCAAAGUUUAAAAGAAGAGUAUUUAUACAUUUUAUGGACCACAGGAACACUUUAAAACCUUUAGCAUUCUCCAAAUUUAUUUGAUAUUAAAUACUCACACUUAAAAUCUGAUUAAUAUGAAAAUAAUCAAACAUAUCUAUACCUUAACAUUAUAAGGAAAAUAUCAUUAACAUAGAUAUUUCUUGUAUUUUAAAUUUAAUAUGAAUUAUUCAGAAUUUGACAGAUAUAUUUAAUAUAAAUAAUACUCUUGUCUUUAUUCUCUAUUUUUUCUCUUCAUAAAUACAACAAAACUCACAAGAGGAUGAAUACAUACACAGUUUACCAAAUCAAAUACACUAAUAAAGUGUUCCCAUGAGAGACAUAUUGGUACUUUUCAAAAAUAAAAAUUUUGAUUUUUUUUAUCUCUUUCUUUAUUAUGAGCAUGACACUUGCAACCUAAAAUAGUCCAUGUAAGAAAUGGAAUAUUUUCUCCAUUCUUAUCAUCAUAAAACAGAUCAUAGGAAAGGAAAAUAUAUUCUUUUAAAAUAUGAAGCCUAACAUCCUCCCAAUAAUCAUACAGAAAAAUAGAAGCAUAAAAUGUGAAAUCAAAUCUUCUAGCCAUUUUACAAUUUUACUGGAGAAUAUAGAAUGUUUCUUUUAUUACCAGUACUUUACAUUACCUAUAAUUUAGAAUGAUAAAAACAUGAAGCAUUCCCAAAAAAACAGAGAUGCUCUCUAGUUUUCAGAGAAGUUUGGUUAAAGCAAGUUACUUCAAAUUGAGAGCAUGCCUUAAAAUGUCAACAUUGUAUGCAAAUGUGUGUGUAUUAUAAAUGUGAAAUACAUUUGAAAAACACCACAUGAUGUUAAAAUUGAAAGCAGAAUUGAGUUAAUGUAUGCAAUAGAUAAAACAUAUUGAAUAUACUGACUUAUUUUACAUUUGGAUAUCAGUAGUCAAGUAAGAGCUUUCUUUAGAUUAACGUUUUUUAUUCCAUUACAGUUCUUUUAGGAAUAAACGUCAGAUUUUAAAAGUCUUGUAUUUCCCAAUGAGGUCUGAAGUUUAGUAUUUUUGCAUUAUGACAGUUGCUAAGACUGGAAUUUUAAGCUAGGAUAUGACUAUAUUUCCUAUAAAACUAAAAAUUUUGUUUCAUAAAUUUUAAAGUAAUUAUUUUUUUGAUUAUGAAUAUUAGUCCAAAUUUAAUAUUUGACAGAAUUAUUAUUGCUUGCUAUAACAAUGAUUGUUUCUAGUCUUUCCAAUUAUUUGAAGAAUAAAUGAUGCUUAUUAAAGGACUUUCAACCAACUGUUGCUUUUUUAAAAUAAUGACACUUGCAUAUGAAGAUUAAAACAUGAAGUAAUCAUGCUCUUAGCCCUUCAAGAAUUGGUUUGGUUUAUUGUCUAUGUGCCAUUUUGCUACCAGUUUCAUUGAAUUGCUUUAAAAAUAGAUAAUAAUAAAAUUAUUUCUGAUGAUGAUGAAAAUCCCUUAGUUUUUUAUGGCAGAACUUGGUUUUGACAAAUUGUGUUUGAAACUGUUCAAUUAUCUUGUCAUUUUUAUAUAUCAAACCCCAAAUAAAUGUGAAAGUUGCUGAUUGGAAAAAAUGAAAAAUACUGUUGAAUUA